AUGAGCCCUCUGUGCAACCGGAUAAUAACCAACUGGGAGAGACGCAGCGCGAAGCCUGACCCACUCAGCGGUAGGUUGUGGAGGCACAAGCCCAUUGUUAAUCUGAGGCUAAUGUCUCCUGCUAUGGCCGCCCAGUUUUGGCACUCUCUUCCCGGAGGGGAAGCCGACUCGGAAGCGGUGCCACUUCGCUGGGCCUUCUUCCCCAAAGGUCCGAACCCUGAUUUCAGCCAUCUCCAUCAUAUCAACUUUGUGGCUGAGUACGAGAGCGAUGAGGAGGAGCAAGAGGAAUCCGAUGACGAUUCGGUUAUAAUAUUCACAGAAACGCCCCCUGAUGCGGACUGCAUGGCAGCCUUCCCUACGGAGGAAGUCAUCCAGUACACCUCUGACGAGGUAAGCUACGCCUCCUCAUACUCUUUCCCCCAGACCCCCUUCCAGUUGGAUUACUCAUUCUGGCCUAACGUUAGGCACUACCUUAAAUCCAGCUUUUCGAAACCGAGAGUCUCUGAUCCGAUGUGCACGCUGUGCAGGCAGCGCAUGCACAUCCCACACCUAUCCCCCUACCUCAACAAAGGGGGUAGCAAUGUUGCCGACCCCAAUCUGCAAGCAGUAGUACUGCCCUGCGGGCACAUCUACCAUUCUGACUGCUUCGACAAGCUGGACCACUCGUACGAGGAGCGCAGCCGAUACACAAUGUGCCCGACCUGA